AUGGACCACGGACCACCACCAAACCCCAACGACUUAUUUGAGUUUACUGCGCCGGUUACAAUGAACCCGGUGAGUACUAACGGCACUGCCGACCAGAACGAAAUGAUGGCGCUCUACGAUAGCUCUAUGUUCACAAACUUCGAUGGCUUGCCAAUGAGUAUUGAUGGCCUUAAUGAUAUGACUGCUGUCCCGCCGCAAUCAUAUCAGCCAGUUUCCCCUGCGGCAAACCCGCAGGCAGCGCUUAUCCAUAAUGAUGCUAUGCAAUUCACAUCAAAUACGGGUGAUAGCGCUGUUCCGCCGGCGCCGAGUACGGGCAUUGCUCCGAGUUUCCCUGCCCCCGCGCAGCCUGCCCUACAAGGAGGAAGUACUUUGACCGAAUUCACCAAGAGGAGGAACUGGCCCGCAAAAGUUGUGGAGGAGCUCAAGGACUUUUUGCAGAUACUGGAUGCUCACGGUAGAAUUAAAUAUGCGUCACCAAGCGUCACGUCCUUGACUGGUUAUGAAUCAGAGGAGUUAGUCGACCGGUUCGUCAAGGAUCUAAUUCAUCCGGAUGACCUUGGGACCUUCACCUCGGAUAUGAACGAAUCUAUAGCCACCGGGAACCCGCUGCGCAUGUUCUAUCGUCUUAAAAAGAAGGAUGGCAGUUACGCCAUAUUUGAGUCUGUCGGUCAUGCACACAUAGCCGCAGCUAAAUUCGCGCCAAAUCCGGAAAAUCAGUCACCCUUCUGCCAGUCGGUAUUUAUGAUGUCACGGCCGUAUCCCACCAAGAAUGCCUCACUGUUAGACUCAUUCCUGGAGCACAAGAUCGAAAAUGAGCGACUAAGACGCCGAAUUGCGGAGCUUCGAAGGGAAGAGGAGGAAGAGGAGGCAUCUCAGCAAAGCUGGUUCACGAGUCAAGAGGGCCGAUCAGAUAUUGCUGCAUCAGAGGAUACGAUGAUGACAUCCUCUCAGAGUCCUGCUUUGUUCACCCAUACAAGUGUAGAUUCACAAGCCAUGCCGCCUCCAGAAAGACCAACGCCGCUCAAUAUAGCAUUAACAAGGGAAAAUCUCGAGGGGGUGACAGCAGGAAACCGGCCAGAUUCGAUUAGAGAUAAGAUGGCAAGAUAUGAGGGCGCGUCACAUACCGACACUAUCGAGAUGCUGACUGGUUUGAGAUAUGUCGAAGGGGAACGAAGCCGUGGUAUCACUACCGGUAAUUCUAGUCCGACCCUAAUCAAGGGCGACGUUGGCAUUGCAAUACCGAUCGAUAGAGACCCUAGAACAGGAGAGAAAAAGAAGAAGCUUAAAGUCGCAGAAGAAUAUGUUUGUACUGACUGUGGAACACUUGAUUCACCAGAAUGGAGAAAAGGUCCUCAAGGACCUAAGACUCUUUGCAACGCUUGCGGCCUUCGAUGGGCUAAAAAGGAGAAGAAGAAGAAUGCUAGCAGUGGAGGUAAUAUGGGAAAUUCCGGUCCUGGGCAUCUUCCUAUACAUAUCAUGGAGCAGCAGUGAGCGUCUCUUGAGGUUUAAUGGCUUUCGUCCCAAGUGAACCGGUAAUAUAACCCGAGGUGUACGGCGUAUGGGUAUUUCCUAAGGUAUAUGAUAGUGCUUCAUGCACAGCGGGCAUUUCAAAUUGGUCGGGCUAUGGGCACGGAGUCGGAAUAAAAGCAUGGAUCUCUGAGCUUUUACAACCGAGCUUAUUACACGACAAGAUCUUUUCUCCUUUUUCUGUUCUUUUCUUCGAGAUAGCUGGGAACGAAUAUGGUUCGGGCUGUACGAUUCACGGGAAUAUCUCAUAGGCAACAAAAUGGGUGGCUAGGGUCUACUUAGAUGUAUACGGUAUAUCAUGAGACAAGGAAACAAGAAUGCUAGUACGGGGUUUUAUCUAUUUUUAAUUUGAGGCUGACAUAGUGAAGUAGCGCAAUAAUGAGAGCUUCCAGCAAUU